AUGGGCUCGCUCGAUCAUCACCUCCUAAGCGCCGACUCGCCGGAUAUCGCUCUCGUAGUGGCCACCCCGGCAGAGAGAAUCGAGAGUAUAAGGGCAAAUGGGCUGUCAUGGAAAGGCCCCUUGACAAUGGAGCAGUACAUUGCUCGCGAAGACUUCUUGAUACAGCAGGACAUGGUCAAGGAUGGGUGGAUGACAUGUUGGGUCCUGGUUGACCGUCGGCUCCGGCCAGACGAGCGUCCUAUCCUGAGCAGCUGCGAGUCGAUUGCCAAACGAGCGUUCCUUGCAUAUCAGGGCAAUAUCGAGACGGUUGUCACCCAUGGAAUCGGAAGCGUGUUCUGUCCGCCCGAGCACCGAGGACGCGGAUACGCUAAGCGCAUGAUCAUAGAGCUGUCCAAGAUACUGGACACAUGGCAGCAGGAAAGGGGUGCGGGACAGGGACACCCGCAGUGUCUCUUCUCGGUUCUGUAUUCGGAUAUCGGCAAGUCGUUUUAUGCAGCGCACGGAUGGCAUCCGUAUGCUUCUUCCCACUUCACUUUAGCUCCGGAGGCCUUCGGAACCGCCGCCAUCAACGGUAGCGCCAAUGGGAAUGGGAGUAGCAGCGGAAAUGGCAGCGUCAGAAUCACAAAGGGUGUCGACAUGAGUAUUGUCAAGGACAUGUCUCGGGAGGAUGUGCUUCGAUACAUGUGCUCUGAGCCAGUGAUGGAGCAACACAAGCAAAAGCUAAAGGAUGCCUCCAAGGUGUCUUCCAAGGCUAUUGCGGCUUUCCCGCCAGACUUUGCACACAUGUCCUGGCACUGGGCUCGCGACGAGUUUUACUCCCAGAUCCUCCGGCCGGAGAAGGGCGAGACUCACGUCAAGGGUGCAGCGGUGCCUAGCCGCAAGGUAUUCAUGACCUGGAACCGAAAGUACGGGGCCACAUCCAAGGACUGUACGCUGUACAUUCUCCGGACGCAGUACGAGGAGCCCAGCUCGCCGGCAGAGAGACAGGGUGUCGUUGAAGCGCUGGCGGCGAUACUGCGUCGGGCUCGGGUAGAAGCUCACGAAUGGAACGUGGACCACGUCCAGAUCUGGAAUCCCUCUGCGCUGGUCAAGGAGGCUAUCCUGAUUGCUGAUCCGGACGCAGCCGAAAUCCACAGGGAGAAAGACAGCAUCCCUUGUCUGAAAUGGGACGGAGACAAGUUCGGGUAUGGAGAGAACGUCGACUGGAUGUGGAAUGAAAGAUACGGCUGGUGCUGA